UUGGCGGAGAUGAGGCCUAAGAAACGAGCGGGAAGGAGAGUGUUCAAGGAGACACGUCACCCUGUUUACAGAGGUAUACGUCGGAGGAACGGCGACAAAUGGGUCUGCGAAGUCCGAGAGCCUAUCCACCAACGCCGCAUUUGGCUCGGUACUUAUCCCACUGCUGAUAUGGCUGCUCGUGCACACGACGUGGCGGUUUUGGCCCUGCGCGGGAGAUCCGUGUGUUUGAAUUUCGCCGACUCCGCUUGGCGGCUCCCGGUGCCUGAGUCCAACCACCCGGAUGUCAUAAGAAGAGCCGCGGCGGAAGCCGCCGAGAUGUUUAGGCCGGCGGAUUUCGGCGGUGGGAUUACCGUGUUGCCCUUUUCAGGAGAUGAAGUGGAUUUGGGUUCUGGUUCGGGGUCUGGUUCGGGUUCGGAGGAGUUGAAUUCUUCUUCGUAUGGAUAUGGGGACUACGAAGAAGUGUCGACGACGAUGAUGAGGCUCGCGGAGGAGCCGUUAAUGUCACCACCACGGUCAUAUAUGGAAGAAAUGACUCCUAACGUUUACAUGGAAGAAGAGGCGUGUUAUGAAGAUAUGUCACUAUGGAGUUACAACUACUGAAAUCAAGUUACAUUAUAAAAGUUAAAAGAGUGUAACUGUGUAAGUAAGUAAGUUAAAGAGUUCAAAGGUUUUGCGUUAGGUCCUUUGGUCGAGUAAGAACUUUAGAAGGUUCCUUGAUUGUAUAAUUUUGUAAUAUUCUUGGAUCUUUCUUCAUUAUAAAUUUUAUAAAACGAUUGGGCUUUCACGAA